AAUGAUUUCACUUCCUUCAUUCAUCAAACACCAAUUUGGUAUUCCUGAGAAGCUCUUGAAAUAAAGAACAAAAAUGAUUAUAGACACAGAUUCUGGAGGUGAUGACAUACAUGCUUUGUUGACAGCCUUUGAUUUAGCAGCAAAAAAGAACAUAGAAAUAAUUGGAAUCACUUGCAUUAAGUAUCAUUAUUAACUAAUUAAAUAGUGGAAACUCUAAUAUAGAUGAUGGUAUCAAAAACAUUACUAUAGUCUAAAAGAUUGCAGGAAUUACAGUUCCUAUUCAUAAAGGAUGUGAUAGAAACUUAAAAUAAUAAAUCACAUUAAGUUCUAAAUUUUUUGGUAAUGAUGGAUUAAGUGGUCAUUAAGAAAAAUAUCUAAAAGAACUUAAUAUAUCAUAAUAUCCACUUUAACCUUAACAUGCUGUUGAUUUCUUGAUAGAAAGUGCUCUAAAAUAUAAAGAAGAAUUAAUAAUAAUAUGCUUAGGUGCAUUAACAAAUGUAGCAUGUGCAAUGAUGAAGACAGCUGAUUUUGAAGAAAACAUAGGAUUAAUUAUUAGUUUAUGUGGUAACAUAUUAGGAUUAGGAUUCAUGAAUGAUGGUGUGGCUGAAUAUAAUGUACAUACAGAUCCAGAAGCAGCUCAUUUAGUCUUUAAGGUUUUAGCUAAGAAACUUAUUGUAAUACCUUAUGAAGGAGUUAUCUCAGUGUCUGAAUUUACUGUAAUCUUCACAUUUAACCUCAGAUUACUAAAGUUUUCGAAUAAGAUACAACAAUCAAAGGAAAAUUUGUUAAAGAAAUUUAUGAAGGAAUGAAAAAUGCUAAUAACAGAUACGAUAUCCAAGAUCCAUUAUGUAUACUUGUAGCCACAAUGCCAGAUAUUAUCACUGAAUUUGUUGAGAGACCUUGCAAUGUAAUUUUGGAAGGAGAAGGAAGAGGAAUGGUAUCAGUUAAAUGGUUAGACAAAGAUCCACAAGCAAGUAUUAAGAAUAAUUAUUAAUAUAUUAGAUUAAGUAACAUUUAUCUUAAAAGUAAAUGAGAAUCAAUUAAUCUAAACUCUAAGUAAUGUAGUAAAUUGAUU